AUGUUGAGAUUUCGCCAAAUUAGAUUAUCUCCUAUUUAUAAAAGUCGAUUAAUCAAUUUCCGUAGAUUCAACUCAACAAACUCGAAAAAGCCCAAGGCAGAAGAAGAAGACAACAACAACAACAACGAUAAAUCUUUGCAACAACAUAAUGUACCAGCUAGGCAAGAUGAUAAAACUGAUGUUGGAUCAUUUAAGAUAAAACCAGCAACAUCAAGAUCAGCACCUGCUCCCAUGGAAAAUACUGGUAUUGAACAAUUAAUGCAUAAAGACAAUAAACCAUAUAUUCCCAAAUUGCAACAUAAAAGAGUAUCAUUUGAGUAUCCCAAUUUACCAAAUCAAGAUGAAUAUACCAAUUUAGUUGAAAAACCAAAAUCAAUAACUCGAUGGACAAGAUAUAUACCCAAAAUAUUGACAGUGAUUGUAUUAGUAUGGUCAGGUUAUACAUAUCAUGUAUGGAUGACAGAUACUGAAGAAGGUGAAGAUAGUUCUGAUUUAUUAAAUCCUAAUGAAUUCCAUAAAUUUAUUGUUACUCAUAAAGAAAAGAUUGAUGAUGAUCAUUAUAUAAUUGAAUUGACUCCCAAGUUUUCUUAUUGGGAAUAUAGUCAUGGAACUGAUCCAGAAGGGAAAAGUUUAUGGAAUGGGGAUAAAUUUUGGUCAGUAGAAAUUAAACAACCCGAUAUUAAUGUCGUUAGAUCUUAUACUCCAUUACCGCUAUAUUAUUUGAAAUCGGAAUAUACUCGAUCGGGUGAACGAGAACCAUUAUUGAAAGUCAUUAAUCCUGAAAUAGAUGAAUAUGAUAAACAUGGAACAAUGUGUCUUUAUAUCAAGAGAUAUAAUGAUGGUGAAGUUUCAAGAUAUAUUACUGAUCGUAACAUUGGUGAUGAAUUAGAAUUAAGAGGUCCUAAUAUUGAAUUCAAAUUUCCUUAUCAUCCUUUACAUAAAUUACAUAAACGUCCAAUUUUCAAAGAUUUACCAUCAAAAGUCGAAGCUGAUAAUAUGAUAGAAACAGUUAAACGAGUAAAUAAUUUACCUGAUGUUGAUAAUAUUGUAUUUUAUGCAGCUGGGACCGGUAUUGCCCCAAUAUUACAAGUAUUAUUUUCGAAAAAACCAUAUUUGGGCCAUGUUGAUAUUCAUUAUUCUGCUAGACAUCCAGGUGAAUUGGGUAUUUUACAAAGAUUUUUGUUUUUCUUGGAUAAAUUGGAUCGAAUCAAUAUUACUUAUCAUUAUGAUGAUGAUGAUGAUGAUGAUGAACCGAAAACCAUUUUAAAUGCUAAAGAUAUUAAUCCACCGGGUAUACCAAAUUAUAUUACUCCCAAAACUUUGGAAGAAAAAUCUAAAUUUUUAACUGGAGAUGAAAUUGAACAAUUAAGAUUACAAAAGGAACAACAAGAUCAACAAAAUGAGAAAUCUUUGGUUGGUUCUGAUAUGAUGACAAAAUUGGUUCAAAAACCAGAAGAUAGAGGUGAAGUUUUUGAAAGUGGAUUACAUCAAGCAAGUAAAACUAUUCAAAUUCCUAAAAAACCCGCCAGUUUAGCUAUUGUAUGUGGACCUGAUGGUUUCAUUGAUUAUGUCGCUGGUGCAAAAGAUUUGGUUAGAAAUAAACAAGGUCCAGUCAAUGGAUUAUUAGGAGACAAAAAAUGGGAUAACUCCAAUGUAUAUAAACUAUAG